AUGGCCAAAAGCAAUUCUGUGGGCCAGGACAGCUCUAAGGACUCAGAGGAUGAAAUGAUCUUCGCGGCAGGAAGCCCCUGUGCCCUGCCUCCGGGUGUAGACGGAGAAGCCAGGCUGCACUCGCCAGAGUCCGCUUUGCCUGCAAGGAAGCGGUCUCGGUCCUUAGAGGACGAGAGGAAUCCAGCCCCAGGGACCAGUCCGUGGGAUGGGGUGUCCAAGAAGACCCCAUGGCGUCACUCGUCCCCAUUGUGCACACAGCCCAGGGAAGCCAGGCCGGAAGCAGAGGUCGGGGUGGGGCAGCUCAGCGUGCAGCCUGGAGAACCCAGCCAGGAGGUGGAGGACAUUGGCCCGGACCCCGUGCCCGACUCUCACUAUGGGCUCCUUGGGACCUUGCCCAGCCAGGAGCCCCCGAGCCACAUCUGCAGCCUGCCCAGCGAGGUCCUGAGGCACAUCUUUGCUUUCCUGCCCAUGGAAGACCUCUACUGGAGCCUGAGCUUGGUGUGCCACCUCUGGAGGGAGGUCAUCCGUGACCCGCUGUUCAUUCCUUGGAAAAAGCUGUAUCACCGAUACCUGAUGAAUGAAGAGCAAGCCGUCAGCAAGGUGGAUGGCAUCCUGUCGAGCUACGGCAUAGAGAAGGAGUCGGACCUGUGCGUGCUGAACCUCAUCCGCUACACAGCCACCACGAAGUGCUCCCCGAGUGUGGACCCUGGACAGGCGUUGUGGAGUCUGAGGGAUCACCUCCUCCUCCCCGAGGCAGAGGCCUGCGUGCGCCAACACCUCCCUGACCUCUAUGCUGCCCCUGCCGGCGUCAACGUGUGGGCCUUGGUGGCCGCCAUCGUCCUCCUGUCCAGCAGCGUCAGCGACAUCCAGCAGCUGCUCUUCUGCCUGCGGCGGCCCAGCUCCACCGUGACGGUGCCGGACGCCACCGAGACCCUGUACUGCAUCGCUGUGCUGCUCUACGCCAUGCGGGAGAAGGGGAUCAGCAUCAGCAACCGGAUUCACUACAACAUUUUCUAUUGCCUGUAUCUUCAGGAGAAUUCCUGUACUCAGGCCUCAGGAGACAAAGAGGAACCGUCCGUCUGGCCGGGAAAGAAAACAACCAUCCAGCUGACACAUGAACAGCAGCUGAUCCUAAGCCAUAAGAUGGAGCCUCUCCAGGUGGUGAAAAUAAUGGCAUUUGCAGGCACCGGGAAGACCUCCACACUGGUCAAGUACGCUGAGAAGUGGUCUCAGAGCAGGUUUCUAUACGUGACUUUCAACAAGAGUAUCGCCAAGCAGGCGGAGCUCGUCUUCCCCAGCAACGUCAUCUGCAAGACCUUCCACUCCAUGGCCUAUGGUCACAUCGGGCGCAAGUACCAGUUGAAGAAGAAACUGAAUCUCUUCAAGUUAACCCCCUUCAUGGUCAACUCCGUCCUCACUGAAGGGAAGGGUGGCUUCAUCAGGGCCAAGCUCGUGUGCAAGACUCUGGAAAACUUCUUCGCCUCAGCCGACGAGGAGCUGACAAUCGACCAUGUGCCUAUCUGGUGCAAGAACAGCCAGGGGCAACGAGUCAUGGUUGAACAGAGCGAAAAGCUGAAUGGAGUCCUCGAAGCAAGCCGGCUUUGGGACAACAUGCGGAAGCUGGGCGAGUGCAAGGAAGAGGCUUACCAUAUGACGCACGAUGGCUACUUGAAACUCUGGCAGCUUAGCAAGCCCCUGCUGGCCUCUUUUGACGCCAUCUUUGUGGACGAGGCCCAGGACUGCACCCCAGCCAUCAUGAACAUAGUUCUGUCUCAGCCCUGUGGGAAGAUCUUUGUGGGAGACCCCCACCAGCAGAUCUACACCUUCCGCGGCGCCGUCAAUGCUCUCUUCACGGUCCCUCACACGCAUGUCUUCUAUCUCACACAGAGUUUCCGGUUCGGUGUGGAGAUAGCCUACGUGGGAGCUACCAUCUUGGAUGUCUGCAAGCGAGUGAGAAAGAAGACAUUGGUUGGAGGCAACCAUCAGAGUGGCAUCCGGGGUGACACAAAGGGGCAGGUGGCUCUUCUGUCCCGCACCAACGCCAACGUGUUUGACGAGGCCGUCCGGGUCACAGAGGGAGAGGUGCCUGCCCGGAUUCACUUGAUUGGGGGGAUUAAAUCGUUUGGAUUGGACAGAAUCAUUGAUAUUUGGACACUUCUGCAGCCAGAGGAAGAACGGAAGAAACGAAACCUCGUCAUUAAAGACAGGUUCAUCAGGAGGUGGGCACACAAAGAGGGCUUCAGCGGCUUCAAGCGGUACGUGACCGCGGCCGAGGACAAGGAGCUGGAAGCCAAGAUCGCAGUCGUGGAGAAGUACAACAUCCGCAUUCCAGAGCUGGUGGCGAGGAUAGAGCGGUGCCACAUAGAGGACUUGGACUUCGCAGAGUACAUCUUGGGCACCGUGCACAAGGCCAAGGGCCUGGAGUUUGACACCGUGCACGUCCUGGACGAUUUUGUGAAAGUGCCCUGUGCCAAGCACAACCUCGCACAGCUGCCCCACUUCAGAGUCGAGUCGUUUUCUGAGGAUGAGUGGAAUUUACUGUAUGUAGCUGUAACUCGUGCCAAAAAGCAGCUCAUCAUGACCAAAUCUCUGGAGAACAUUUUGACUUUGGCUGGGGAAUACUUCUUGCAGGCGGAGCUGACGAGUAACGUGCUGAAGACAGGCGUGGUGCGCUGCUGCGUGGGCCAGUGCAGCAACGCCAUCCCUGUGGACGCCGUGCUCACCAUGCGCAAGCUGCCUAUCACUUACAGCAACAGGAAGGAGAACAAGGGUGGGUACCUGUGCCACUCGUGUGUGGAGCAGCGCAUCGGGCCACUGGCCUUCCUGACCGCCUCCCCCGAGCAGGUGCGCGCCAUGGACCGCACAGUGGAGAACGUUGUGCUGCCCCGGCACGAGGCCCUGCUCUUCCUCGUCUUCUGA